GAAGAACAAAUUAAAAAAAGAAAGAAAAAAAAAGAAAAAUAACUGUUUCUCUCUUGCUCGCAUAAAAACACAAAACAGAUAUUUUUUUGUGGCGUUUGCAGUUGAAAGUAAAUCGGUGGCCAUGACUGUCCAAGCUUCAACCUCCUUCAGCUUCGGCAUUUCCUCCUUCGUUAUCCCUCCCGCUCGCUCUCGUCACCGCUCUGUGAUUCGAGCCCAAGUGGAACCAUCAGAGAAGUCUGUUGAGAUAAUGAGGAAGUUCUCAGAGCAAUAUGCUCGUAGGUCGGGAACGUAUUUCUGUGUUGAUAAGGGAGUCACUUCUGUUGUUAUAAAGGGAUUGGCAGAUCAUAAAGAUCAAUUGGGUGCACCCCUUUGCCCUUGCCGGCAUUAUGAUGAUAAAGCUGCUGAGGCUGGGCAAGGAUUUUGGAAUUGUCCAUGUGUUCCUAUGAGAGAGAGGAAGGAGUGCCACUGCAUGCUCUUUCUCACUCCGGACAAUGACUUUGCGGGACAAGAGCAGACCGUCACAUUGGAAGAGAUCAAAGAAUCAACCGCAAAUAUGUAAUCAGACAUGUUUUAACAGUAAACUUGUGUAUCUUGUUUAAAAAAGAAAAAAAGAAAAAUGGAGAGUAAAGCUCAUGAGUUGUAAGUAUAUCUCAUAAAAUAAUCUGUAACCGUAUCUGAUUUCAUUCUCUGCCCAUAAUCCAUAUCUAGUUUCACUUGUCC